GCCCGUUGCUGCGACUUAUUCUCGUUGUGCAUGUCGAUCCGUCAUUUCUUCGAAUCAAAUCCGUCCCAACAGCUUUCUCCACCGGGUAUGAUGUCCCGGCACUGAUUCCUGGUCUUUUCCUUCCCUCCCCUCCCUUCCCCUCCCCCGAUCAUGUCCGCGUGCCUCUCCGCCCGUUCGCUACUUCUUCGACGCUACCCUCCUGCUGUCGUCCCAUCCGGGGUGCGAUCCGGUUCAGUGAAGAUGGUAUCUUCCUACACCAGCUCCGCCUCCGGGGAACGCAAAGCGACCACCGUGAGGCACUUCUCGACGUCCUGGAAAUCCGACCAUCAACAACAACAACACAACCGCCAACACCAGCAAUAUCAGCAGCAGCAGCAAUACUACCAGAACUACAAGUCACGCGGGAACUUUGGCUCCCGCCUCCGCUUUGCCCUCCGCACCACCAAGGUCGAAUGGUACCCGAUCCCCAUCGGCCUGGGUAUUGGUCUGCUCGGCAUCCUCCAAUUUUACAAAUCACAACGGGCUGAGCGGGAACGGCGCAUCCGCGAGGAGGAGGGCGAGGGCUAUGAGUUCUCCAAGCCGCCGCCGCGGCAGCGCAUCCGGCCCAGCGGACCAUGGCAGGUACAGAUCAUGUCGACGCUGCCGCUCAAGGCCAUCUCGCGACUCUGGGGCCGCUUCAACGAGCUGCCGCUCCCAUAUUAUUUGCGCGUGCCGGGCUUCAAGCUGUACUCGUGGGCGUUUGGCGUCAACCUGGAUGAAGUUGCCGAGCCCGACCUGCACACCUACCCCAACCUGGCCGCCUUCUUCUACCGCAAGCUCAAGCCCGGCGUGCGUCCGCUCGACCCGGACCCGCGCGCCAUCCUGUCUCCGUCAGACGGACGCAUCCUGCAGUUCGGGUUGAUCGAGCGCGGGGAAGUCGAGCAGGUCAAGGGCGUGACGUACAGCUUGGACGCGCUUCUGGGCGCCGCCACGCCGUCCCGCGCCGACCACACCAAGAAGUUCUCGGACCACCAGGCGGAGCCGCCCCAGAAGGACGCGGCCGACAUGCUGGCCGACGAGGAAUUCGCCCAGAUGAACGGCAUCUCGUACACCCUCCCGGCCCUCCUGGCUGGUGAUUCCCACGGCGCCCGCAAACGCUCCGCCUCGAUGGACGCGUCGACCGAGCCCCGCGCGGCCGCCGAAGCGGAAGUCCGCGAGGAUCUCGCCCGCGGCGACGGCACGCCGUGGUACGCCCCGCAGCCGGCCACCAACAACGCUCUCUACUACGUGGUCAUCUACCUCGCACCCGGCGACUACCACCGGUUCCACUCGCCCGUGUCGUGGGUGGUCGAGAGCCGGCGCCACUUCGCCGGCGAGCUCUACUCGGUGUCGCCCUACCUGCAGAAACAUCUUCCGGGGCUGUUCACGCUCAACGAGCGCGUCGUCCUGCUCGGCCGCUGGCGCUGGGGUUUCUUCAGCUACACGCCCGUCGGCGCCACCAACGUCGGAUCCAUCAAGGUCAACUUCGACUCCGAGCUGCGUACUAACAGCCUGACGACCGACACCGCCGCCGACAUGGCCGCCCUCCUGGCCGCCAAGCGCGGCGAGCAGUACCCUGGCUUCGUGGAGGCCACUUACCUGCACGCGAGCCGCACCCUCGGCGGCCACCCGCUGCAGCGGGGUGAGGAAAUGGGCGGGUUCCAGCUGGGUAGCUCCAUCGUGCUCGUCUUUGAGGCCCCUAUGGGCCAUCGCCGCUCCUUCGAACAGGGCUGGGACGGCGGUGAGCGCGAGGGCGGCUGGAACUGGGCUAUUGAGAAGGGACAGACGGUUCGGGUUGGAGAGAAGCUGGGGUAUGUUGAUAUCAAGCAGUGAUCUUCAUCCCACUAUCUCCCCAGGUUGCCUCCAAAUCAUGACGACGGAUGUAAUGGAACAACAACAACAACAAAAAAAAAAGCAGAACGAUGAUAUGCACUUUUCAUUCUUCUUGAUCGGUCGAUAUCCAUGUUUUUCUUAUCAUUUUCCUUCUCCCACUGGACAGCAUGGAAAGAAUAAGGAUGAAUGGAUAGUCGAUCGAUCAAGUUCAACAAACAAGGAUACGGAACCUACCUAUUCAACAUAAUACUUAGUAUUGCAUAGGGCGUUCAUGGGAGCGGUUUUUUUCUUCUUUCGUUUCUCUAUUCGUCUUUUUCUCUCCUGUUUCUUAUUAUUUAUUAUGAUAUUUUUAUAAAUAUACCAUUGAUCGUGUAUUAGUUACUAUUUAUUUACUGGGUUAU